CAUUUGCAAACAUCAUGUCGGCUAGUGGAACUAAGGAAAUAAGUGCUCGUGAUCUACAAAUUUUGGACUUAUUAUUUGAUCAGUCUAAAAGCGAAGAUCUAGUUAGGAAUUGUACACAACCCAUUCAUGAUGACAUAAAUAUUAAAGAUGACGAUGAAGAGAUUACAGAGGAGAUUACAAGUUCCAAAAAGUACGAAAUCGAGGGAGUCGUGCUAGCUGAAGCAGCAAAAUUUGAUGAAGCACUAGAAAAGUUCAAUAAAGCUAUUGAAGCAGCACCAAACAGACCUUCACCUUACAAUAAUCGUGCACAAUUAUUUCGCUUUCUCAAGGACGACGAAAAAACAAUUAGUGACUUGAACAAAGCAAUAGAACUAUCGGGUGAUAAAUACAAAUUGACGAAAUGUCGUGCAUAUACACAACGUGGAAUAAUUCAUAGAAUGCAAAACAAUUUAGAUGCUGCACGCGAUGACUUUAAUGAAAGUGCAAAACUCGGAUCCAAGUUUUCUCGUCAACAACUCGUUGAUAUUAAUCCUUAUGCGCAAUUGUGUAAUCAGAUGGUGACACAGAUCUUGGGAAAUUAUCAAAAUUAUUAA